AGAUGCAGCAGAACAGUCAGAUAUUCCUCAAUGACUACGAACUGCCCUGCCCCACCAGCCCUAGUUUACCGCCCCGGAAACAACAUAGUCCCCCUGAUCAGUCGGUGCCCCCUCGGAAGCCUCCCGCAAAUAUAAGGACUAAGAGUUUCCAGGACCGGCCAGAGAGACCUGCUAGAGAACCUCCGGAGCCAAGUAGGGACUAUGAGGUUGUGGGAGGGUAUCUCAUCAUGCCCGGUCCUCCUGUCAAUAGUCGGACUCCUGUUAACGGCCAGAGGUCAAACUCGUGUGUAGAAGCAAUUCCAUACAUUGGAUCAGACCGAGACCGAGACCGGAGUAAAACUCCAGAACGAACUGAAAAGAGAGACAAAAGCCGGACUCCUGAUAGAACUCGAAACAAAACUCCGGAGAGAGCUGAGAAAAGGGAUCGGAACGGAAAAACACCAGAAAAUCAGAGGAGGGAGCAAGCAAAGACGCCGGAAACAAGAGAUCGAGAAAAAACUCCAGAAAGAAGGGACCGAGCAAAAACUCCGGAAAGAAAAAACCGAGCAAAAACUCCGGAAAGAAGAGAUCGAGCAAAAACUCCGGAUAAAAGUAGGCGCUCGAAAAGUAGAACUCCUGAAAAAGUCCGUUCCAGGAGUCCUGACAGUUACUCAGAGAGAAACAGUCGAACAGGACGUAGGAGAUCACCUCCAGACCUACCCACGAUACCUAUAGACAGUAUAGCAGCAGUGCCCUAUCCUACCCUCCCUGAUAGAAUGCAGGUGUCUGACUCAGAUGCUCCCAUUUCAUCCCUCAUAGAGGUGCCUCUGACUGAUAGAGUACAAAUCGCAGAGCCGCACCCUGUUGAUGAAGUGCAAACUUCAACUAUCGAGAGAAGAGAAACAGAACUGUUUCUAUUUGACAAAGAAACCAUCAAGCGUCCCGAUCAGGAACCAGAAAGCAGCGACACCAAGCACCGGGAGGGACGAGUGAAGACCCCUGUAGAGGAAACCUAUCAGAACAGUAGUAGUAGUAGUGGGAAGAGACGACACCGGCACCAGGACCCGGGAGGAAUUGAGGGGGAUGGCAGAUAUCGUAACGGGAGGAUAUCACGUGGAGAGCACAGACCUAGAGCAUACUCUGACUCAGAUGCAGAGAACUACCAGGAAUCCGCUCAUAACAGUCACCCCUUCAGACUUCCUCCUCCUUUUAAACAUAGGAGCAAUGAUAGAAGACAGGAACAGUUUACCCCAGUUGUGUACAAGUCUGACGGUACUGACAUGUAUUACAAGAUUCCUUGCAGGAUACCUUACUCCAACAGGCCGCUAGACAGCCACGAGGACUCUGACUACGACAAUCUCCCACGACGCUCGGCCAACAAAUCAAGUCGUCACAACGGAGCUCUCCUUAUACCUGGCCGAGAUCCUAGAAGUCGGGAUAAUGGUAAACAAGAUUUCAACAGGAAAGAGUUUGUUAGAGACUCGGAUCACAAUAGUACGAAGGAUCCUGCUCAGGAAUUCAGACCUUAUCCUGCUAGAUUCGCUCCUCUUGAACCUCCCGAGCUUUCCUGCCCUUAUCUGAGUGAGACCACUGAGAACGAGUACCUGACACCAGCGGAGCAAGCUGCGGCUCACAAGAAGGGAGCCAAACACAGACGGUCUCACUCCGACUCUAGCUCCAGUAGAACCAUCAUGUCACCCUGGUCCAAGAACAACACCAUCCUCACUCCCAAAGUUAUCACUCCUAAAUACCCUCUCCUCUCGACGCGAGACCAGACCUUAACAUCUCAAGAUAGGACCCUAGAGAGUGCUAGUCGCCGUCUCAGCAAAGUCAAGUGUCCCGUAUCUAACAACAACAGUAACCAUGGCAACAGCAAUAUGUGGCAUGAUCCACUGUUGGGAGUUGAUAAGAAACACAUAGCGUAUCCCGGGGAUGCGGAGAGCCAACAGAGCAGGGAUAAGAAUCACGCGGAAUCGUUCGCAGAGUUCACAACUGAUGUUUCUAUGAACUAUCUCUCGUUCAUCUGGAAUAGUCCUGAGUUGAUUAGAAAACUUCUGUGGGCUAUAUUGUUCCUAGGUUUUUUCAUUUAUAGUCUCCUCUGCUGCUGGAGAAGUUUCGGUCUCUAUUUUUCCAUGCCAACGUCCACUAAAUACAACAUGUACUUUGAGCCGAAUAGGCUACUCAGAUUCCCUUCAAUUACUAUUUGUAACAUGAACCCACACAACAAUAUAUACCUGGCUAGGGACGAGAAUAAAGCCAUGCAGGAAUAUUUAGCGAACGAUAAGCGUGUUCCAUGGCCCACUAAACCGCUCAAUGUUACCUCUAAAGAAUACGAAAAUUUUAACGUUAAGAGAUACUAUCGCCAAUCUGGGCAGGAACUGAACGACUUUAUAGAGGACGUAGUGUUCUUUGAGGAGGAGGUGGACACCCCAAAAGCCUUCAAAGAGCAGUUCACUACACACGGUCGGUGUUGGACUUUUAACGUCGAUGGCAGUAGAAAAGUUAACCGCACCGGGAUGGAUUUCGGGCUAUCAUUUGGUUUAAAUAUCAACCAGAGUAUCUAUCCCAACUUCGUUACUACAGCGGGUAUCAAGGUGAUGUUCCACAACUACUACGAGCCUGCCAGGAUUGACGAGUAUGGAAUGGCUCUAACACCGGGCACAGAGAACUUUAUUAGUCUUAGUUACGAGAGGGUCCGCAGUUUAAAAGAACCGUACGGAAACUGCCGCGACGACGCGUUGCGAACCUUCAAGAACUAUAGUAUCUCUGGGUGUGAGAGGGAGUGUUUUACAGAGGUCAUGGUCAGGGAGUGUCAGUGCAGGAGUUACUAUCUUAAAGCUGUACCUGGGAGAGCGGACGUGGAGUGUAACCUGCAUCAGGAGAAGAACUGUGUAGCUAAACUGAUAAAACGUUACCAUGCGGGAGAGUUUGCUGGUUUGCCAGUGUGCAAAUGUCCUGACCCUUGUAUCUCUGAGAGUUACCUAGCGACUAUGUCCACAGCUGAAUACCCUGCAAAGAACCACGGUGAAGCCCUGGAGAAGUACAACAACGAGAAACCAGGUUCCGGUGAUGAACCUCGAGACGUUACCUUCUAUAGGGAGAACUUUUUAAAAGUACACAUAUACUUUGAGAUUCUAUCCAUAAAAGAGGUGGAGAAAGUGGGAUCUUAUAAGUGGUCUAAUCUUAUGGGUGAUGUUGGAGGACAGUUAGGAUUGUUCCUCGGUGCAAAUAUCGUAACCAUAUUUGAGUUCGUCGACUUCUAUCUCCGACUACUUUGUUACAGGAAGAGACGUGUCGAGACCCCCAAACAGAACUCUUCCUACCAUUGCAACACCGCUGAUCAGGAGAUAUCUCCUUUACUUGUGUGAAUGUAGUCAUGAUCUCAAAUCACGUGGGAUGAAAUGACGUCACGUAGGAAAUAUAGAUAUCGCGUUUUCCUCAAAGCUGUAACGAGUCGGGAGCAGAAUUCCUCCUAUCCUCGGAGCCCCCACGACUGUGACCCUUCUCCUCUACCCUCCUCAGGGAAGACUCCUUAUUCUGUUUGUCGAACACCUCAUUACACACCCCAGGUUCUAAUGCUGGAGAGCUGCAGCGCCAGUUGUCCGAGUAACUGCUGGGGGAGGGCGUGGGUGGAGCUGAACGAGGGGAGGUAGACCUCUGGGCCCUGUCGUUCACCAGACAGAACUUCACUUUGUGAGCUCCACACAUCACACCAGCUGGGUAGCAGGAGAUGUAGGUCUCUGCCUCGGAAGUCACCUCGAAGUAGACCAUGAACCCGUCAGAAGUUGAAGGGCUGGAUCCGAUCAUCUUGAUAGUGUUCUCGUUGAUCUUAUCGUUAGACUCUAUGGCCAGGAAGUCCGGGACACUGUCCAGACAGUCCAUAAUCUCUCCGGGGAACCAGGCCCUGUACUUCCUAAAGGGAGGGGGGUCCCCAGCUCCUCUCACGUAGAACCCACUGUGAUCUUCUGUUGGUCCUCUGUCGUUCUGAAUUGUCCUCUUGUAGAACUGUAACGAAGUGUUUUCUUGGAAUUUGAAUUGGAUGUUUCGGCCGGUAAACCUAGUGCCAGAGCAACGAAACCGGGGCAUGGCUCCUGAGUCCUCCUUUAUCUUCUUCAUCUCCCUGGCUAUCACUCCGAUAAUGUGAUCUAAAUCUCUUCUUUGUGCUGGUUCUCUACUUUUCAGUGACACUUCCAACAUUUCAUCUCUCCUGUCUUUCUGCUCUUCGGAAUCAAACCGGUUCCUCAGAGCCAACGGAUCCUUUUUCUCUGGAUCAGGCUCCGGAGACUUCAUCUUGAGUUUAGCUAGAGCAAAACAACCGGGGAAGUAUUUAGGAGAUGGGGUGGGUGAGCAUGGUUCUGGAGAGUUGAGAGGAACUCUAAUACCUCUGAGAGGGGUAGAGGUGUAUCCCGGAGAUACAUGAGGGGAUAGUUUAAAGGUGGGGGAGGAGUCUUCAGCUGACCACUCUGAUGUACUUGUGACUGAGGAGCUGUUAUCUGCUGCUGAUGUUUGUCGUUCUAUUGUCAUGUUGUUUUCCGGUCUAGGGAGGGGAUAUUUGUUACUGUUUUAUUAACAGAAUUAUAAUGUGAUCAACCCUGACGAGUGAUACUUUGAAACAACGUACGAACCGACAAACAGUUAAUUUUGUAACAACUAAUUCAAUAAGAGGCAUUAAUUAAGAGUAUAUGGUGGUUAAUUGCGAUAAAUUAUGUUCGUAUGUUGAUGAGGAAAUUAUGAUUUCAAAAUGAAAAUGAUGUUUAACGUUUAAUACUGAUAGUAAAAUCAUCCCAAUACAAACAAGAGAAGACUGGAGACACUGGAGUGCUAUGACUUAUAUGACAUGCUACUUCAAGAGGAACCCAUGACACUAACAGCGUUCCCUCUGUCAUGUUAAUAAGUUAACAUGUGGUCAUGCGAUAUGGAGAUCUGGUCAUGUUCUCUUUCAUCUUCAGAUAUACGGUGUUUCAAUCAUUUCCUAGUCUCCUGAGACCCCGAUUCCUUUUUAUUGUGAAGAUAUUCCUGUAACCAAAUUUGUUUUUUCAACAUUUUGUUGUUCGGGAGCUGUAAUUUUGUUCUCGUUUGUGAAAAUCACAGUUUUUUCGUUUUAGCUUGUGGGGCUUACACCGCAUAUUUUAAAUGAUUGGCUUGCUGAAUUAUUGAUUCCUGAUUCAAUCAGAACAUAAUGAUUUAAGGUGUACAUAAAUAUGAGAUUAUUGUCAAAUG